AUGGACGCCCUGAACGCCCCCCUCCUGGUGGAACUCCUGGACGUCCAUUCGAACAUCGAUGCCACGACGUUGAGCGCGCUGGCCUGCACGUCAAAGUCCUUCGAGGCGGCCGUGUCCCUGGUCUGGCCGGACAGGGAGCGAGCGUACGAGGAGAGUAGAAACGGGGCGAACGUGCCGAGGGGGGAGUCCCUCCCGCUCCCGAUGGACCACGACGUCCGCCUGUUUCCGGACGCGAAGACUGCGUGCACGUACGAGCUGCUCGAGCGGGCAGAGGGAAAGCCCCUCGUCGUGCUGGAGAUGGAUUCCGAUGAAUCGGAGAGGACUCGCCGCAACGCAUUGAUGCCGGGCGAGCUGGCCAAGCGGGAUUACUUCCUGGACACGGCGGACCUGAGGUUGCUCCGACCGUUCAGGGACGGGAAGGGGCCGCGCUGGUUUCGGUUCGAAGACGUCCUGAGCGCGGCGAUGCUCCGUCACGGCAGGAGACGGCUGGCGGACAUGAUGGUCGCCCGCGCGACCAAGCGCGGACGCACCCACCGGCGACAGGGGGAACGUUGGAGGGCGGUGUGGUCCUUGUCCGACCGCCUCCUGUUGCCGGGUGAAAUCAGUACGAGCGUCGUGCGCACGUACGCCGAGGACUACGUCCGGGCGGGGCGGGGUGGCAUCCGCGGCUUGAGGAAUCGGCUCAUCAUGCAAAUCAUGUUCUCGUCCCGAGUCCAUACGCGCGCUACUCCGUUCGAACUCCGUGGGCCGCUGUUUCCGCCGGAUCUGGGGCCGCUCGAGCGGAAUGCGAUCGAGCGCUUGCAGAUCGCGUCUGUGAUGACGGAGGACGAGGCACUCAUCGAGCAUGCGAUUGACGUCGUUCUUCCCUCGAGGAUCGUCUCCGGAGCCUCCAUCGAAGCGUUCCUCCAGGACGUAGUCGCCCAUCUCGUCCGCCUUGUCGUCAUUCUCGUCGGCGUACCUGACGUAAGCCGUCGCCAGGGCCUUCCUCGCCGCCACCCGCUGCAGCCAUUCUAUCCUGUUGGAGACGGCGUUCGCGUACAGCUUCUUCCCCCACCUGCGCUCGGCGACCCACUCCGUCGGAGGCAGGCUCAUCGUUCGUACAAGCUCCCACGAAUUUUCAUGGAGGGACGGCGAGAGCCGGCUCCUAUGCGGGGCAUGGACGCCUCCGUGCUAGUGGAGCUGCUGGACAACCACUCGGACAUCGACGCCACGGCGUUGAGCGCGCUGGCCUGCGCGUCCAACUCGUUCGAGGCGGCCGUGCGUUCGGUGUGGCCGGCAAGGCGGGAUGCGUACGCGCGGAGUCGGGAAGGGGCGGCGCCAGAGAAGCGGAAGGCCCUCCCGAUCCUACACGAUCCGAUGGAAAUGUACCCCGACCCGAAGGAGGCCUGUCGCUACCACUUGCGGGACCGCCCGCGCCGCGAGCCGAACGUCGAGCUGCAUUGGAACGAGAAGCCGAUGAUCUCCUUCGGCUGGGAGCAGGAGCUCUCGGACUGGACCCGGCGGACGGCGUUGGUGCCCGUCGCCCUGGCCAGGCGGGCCUACUUCCUGAACUCCAAGGACCUGAAUAUGCUGCAGCAGUACAUGGACGACGCCAAGGCACGGGUUCGGAAGGAGCGCUGGCACUCCGUCUGGGACGUCGUGUCCACCAAGGGGAUCGCGGAGGACUACCUCACCAUGAACGUGGUGUACCCCUACGCGAAAGAGUUCGUGGACACGGGCCGGGGGGGCAUCCGAGGCUUCGAGAAGCGCAUCCGUCGGCACCGGACGUUCUCGUUCCUGGUCAGCAGGGGCACGGUGAACGCGCCGCUCUAUCUCAGGCCCCUGGAACGCAUCAUGGUCUCUCACCUGCAACUGGCGUACGUGCUGACCCGGAAGGAUGACUUCGUGGCGGACGCUCAGCGGGUGGUGCGGGAUCUGCGGAUCGCGUCGGGGGUGGUGGGCUGA